UCGCACGCAAGAAGUUUGUCUGUUUGCUGUUUUGCGGUUCGUUUCUCUCCUCUGAGAGAGAGAGAGAACUCCAAGUCUUUUGCUGUCGUUGAUGAGAGCUGCCACCACCUUCCAAGCUUCGACCACUAACCGACCUCCCUCUGUGUGUGCGCNGUCGAAGGGUUACUCGGUGCGGAAGAGGAGUAGACAGCUUAAAACAACCUGUAAAGUUAUAGAGCCAAGCAGAAGAAUCACAAAGCAGUUGGACAGAGAAAAGGACGUAGUGCUAAACGCCUGACGUAGAUAAACGGGCACGACGGAGGAGCCAAUGGUGACUGAAGAGAGCGUUUGAAUAUUCGUUGACGGCGCGACAGACACUAAAAGAUCUGCGAGAUAGCGGUGAAGUCAACCAAUGGACAGCAUCGAAAAACAUUCACGGAGAGAGAGAGAGAGAGAGAGAGAGAGAGAGAGAGAGAGAGAGAGAGAGAGAGAGAGAGAGAGAGAGGACAGCUGCUCUCUGAGGCGUCGUCUUAAUCUGCAUUUUCAUAAAUUUUCAGGCUGUUUGAGAGUGCAUGCGUGGCCAGUGGGCCACGAAGCGGUGGGGGUUUGACUAGGAUAAGUGCUGUUAGUGAGCAACACGCGGGCGGGUUUUAUGGUACUGAAAGAGAAGAGGAAGAGGGAGGAAGCGAAACAUCUCCCCGUACGCAAUUGCGCUUGUGUGUGUGUGUGCGUGCGUGCGUCAGCUGAAUGGGGUUGUGGAUGUUUCUUGGAACAGGAGAGAGAGAGAGAGAGAGAGAGCGAGAGAGAGAGAGAGAGAGAGGGAGGUAGAACGUAUUUUUGGUAGGUAAGAGCUCCCGUUUAGCGGAGAGCAUCCACGCUCAUGGGAUAAUCAGGAUACGGGUAGUAGUACUGCGCGGACGGACGGAAUUUGACCGGAAUGUCGGUCAGAUGCAUCCGCGUAGCUAGUCAUGCUAGUACUACUUGCAGGGAAGGAAUUUGGACCGGAACUCUGGUCAUAUGCGCCCGCAUAGCUAACAGAGAGUACAUUUUCUGAUUACUACUCGCCUCCUGUGUCCUUCCUCUUUUCGACACACUCCCUCUCUCUCUCUCUCUCUCUCUCUCUCUCUCCUGUCUCUUAUACACAUCUAGAUGUGUAUAAGAGACAGCCGCGCAAGCUGUGUGACUUUUGCCACGUGGCGGCAUUGCGACAAUGAGAUCCAUAAUUGCAAUGCUCUGGCUCAGCGCCAUCACCGAGUCCCGGUCUGUCUGCCCUCCUCAUCAACACCAAUCAGUAGCCAGUCGCCAUCGUCAGCGGCGCCGGGCGCUAAGGUGGAGCGUGCGGUGCCCGCGCCGGCGCCGACGGCGACGGCGACGAUGAAGACGAAGGGGAAGGGAGGGGGGGGGGCUACGACUUUGUCAUCCAUCAAGGUAGAGGCUCCUACCGCUGGCGGCAGCGCUGGCGGGGGGAGUCAUCACCGCUUCGUCCCACGUGGCGCUCCUGUGUAUCCGUGCCUCCCCUCGAGGCUCGGUCCAGGGCCUCCGCCGUGUGAAGAUGAUGGAGGAGGUGGGACAGGAGGAGGAGGAGGAGGAGGAGGAGGAAGGGGGGGAGGAGGGGGGGGAGGAGGAGCGGGCGGCGUCGCUGUCGUUCCUUCUCUUGCUGCCAGCGUCCGAACCUUCGGCCAUCAUGUUCCGAACAAAGUGUUUCCGAAAUUGGAAAGAAGUAGCAGCGGGGCAAGCAGCGGGGGGGACAACUGGGCGGGUUCCGCUGUUGUCCCGUCGUCGUCCUGCGCGGCUCGCGCGGAGUGGGCGGCGAAGAUGUGCGGGGGGGGCUCCUCCGCGGCGUGCGCAGCCGACGCCACGGCCGCCGCAGUGUGCGGCGCGGGCGCGGCUGCUGCCACUGCCGCGGCUUCCUCCGCCGCUUCCACCCACGCUGCCUCCGCUAACCUUGCCACGUCUGUCAGCUCCGCUCGGCGGGUUAAUUACGUCUCCGCUGAACGGCCUCAUUGUGGAAUGGGCAUCAUGUACGGUGGCACGGCCAUCGGGGUGCCGGUGAUGGGGCUACCGCGAUCGCAGUCGUUGUCGGGAAGGAGCACCACCACCACCACUACCACCACCCAUCCGAGUCCCGUCAUGAUUGGCAGCAGCUGCGCGCCAAGUGCUAUGGUAGCAAGCGCGCCAAAUCUGGUGAGCGGAGACGCGCAGCGACGCCCGGCUGGCGGCGCCGGGAUGGGCAAUCAGGACCUCAUUGUGGUCAAUUUGAGAGCGAGCGGGAGGUCAAGCCAAGCCGCGGCACCAGAGAGAGACCAAGAGGAGGAAGAGGAGGAGGAGGAGAACGACGACGACGACGACAACAACGACGCAGAUACGGAAGAAGAUGAAGGACAAAACACGGCAUCGGAACGCCGCGGUCGAAGGACAUCCGCUGCUCUACGGGAGGCAGCAGCAGCGGCAGCGGCAGCAGCAGGAGGAGGAGGAGGAGGAGGAGGAGAAGAAGAGAAAGCAGGGGAGGAGGACGUGUUGGUUGGAUUGAGAUCUGGAUGCGAGCACAGCGUCUUGCUGAGUCCGCUGGCUUCUUGCUGCACCGAAGAUGUGGCGAUGGCGAAUUACACUUGUUCAUCAACGUAUCCUCCUCAGGCAAAUCCCCAGCGAAGAGCGGGAGAGGAUGGUAAUGGUGGUGCUGGCAACGGGGAGAAUCAACAGGGCCAGGGAGGAGGAGGAGGAGGAGGAGGAGGAGGGCAUCACCAGGGAGACCUCCAUCGCAGGCGUCCCUCUUCCUGCUCGGCUGUAUUGGACUGUGUGGAUAUGGAAAAAGCGCUGGCUAUGGCAGCCAUAUCCAGAGCUUGCGACGGAGAAGACGACGGGGAGCACGGCAGCACCGCCGACUUCUUCAACGUGGAAGGAGAACCGGGAAUGCGCAAGAUUGACAGCGACAUAGACUUGAUUGGUCACGUGGGAGGGAUUGUCAGGCUCUGCUCGCUGGACAUAGACGACGAAGGUAUGAUGCAAGUGCCGGAUGGCCACGUGUUCGCAAUGGAGCUGGAAGCAGAGUUGUCAGAUUGCUUGCGGAGCAGCGAAGUGGGGACCACCACCACCACUACCACCACCACCGCCACCACCACCACCAAUGCUUCGCUGGAAGCGGCGUCGUCCUUCGUCCUGGACCAUCGGGCGGCAGCCAUAGCGGACAGCUCGCCGGCGAUGGCGGCGGCGGCGGGAAGGAGAAGUAGUUCAUCGAUCGACUUCUGUCAGGCUGCGGAGGCGGGAACGUCGCCGACGACGGAGCAGUCCGUCGCCUCGUUCCUGACCUCCAUAGCCGUCGUGCAGGUGAAGGAGGAACCGGCGGAGCAGGACGAGGCAACAAUGGCUAUGGAGGCAACCUUGUUGUCGUCAACGCAAAUGGAGCAGGGAGACGAGGAGAGGGUGGUGGCUGACAGAGGGUGGGGAGCGGAAGAGGAGGCGGAGGAGGAGAAUGAUGAUGAUGAGGACGACGAUGACGAUGACGAUGAUGAGGAGGAUGAGGAUGAGGAGGAGGAGGAGGAGGAAGAGGAGGAGGAGGAGGAAGAGGAGGAGGAGGAGGAGGAGGAAGGGGAACAGCUCGCUCCCACUGUCUCUAGUUCCAAGCCCGCCAGCACAAACGCCAGCGUGGGCCUUCAGCAUUAUCGUUACCAUCAUCGUCCUUCACCUCCUCCUUACCUUGCUCGUGCUCCUACUCGGGAUGCAAGCAUCGGCACUGUGCCUAGCCGACACCACAUUCGAAGCCACCAUCGACAUAAUCACCUUCAUCAUCACCAUAGCCACAAUCAGCAUCCGUAUCGUCACCAGCACGCCCAGCAACAGCAAAAAGAACCAGAGAAGUACCCCUACCGAAGGACACACGGGAGUGCGGCGCAGAGAGGAGGAGGGCGGCAGCGCAACGACGAAGAAGCGGGACAUCAGCAGCAGUCUGUCCCCGCACACGAACUCAACAACGCCAGAUUGGUAUCCGCCGGAUCUGUACCGACUUUGCCACGCAGUCGCGACCGUGCCAACUCCCAGCACCACCAUAGCCGACACCACCACCACCAUCUCGACAGCAAUCAUCAUCAUGUUCCUCAAUUGCCAGCUCAUUAUCAUCACGUUCCUCAAUUGCCAGCUCAUCAUCAUCACGUUCCUCAAUUGCCAGCUCAUCAUCACCACCAUAGCUCGACGAAGGGGCAUCAUCUGAGGGCCAAUGUCAGCAAUUCGCAGGACCAAGUGUGCAGCGUGCCAGUGGGAGAAGCGUGGGCAGCAGCAGCAGCAGCAGGAGCAGCAGCAGGAGCAGCAGCAGGACGAGGAGGAGGGAGAGCGGAAGAAGAAGCAGUUGUACCUGAGCCGCUGUGUGACACGGGCGUGACAGUGUUCGACUCCAAUCAGCAGAACUGCAAUUCCACAUCGAUGGUAACCGAUCUGACGUGUAAGGAGGAGAGGAGCGAGGAGGAGGAGGAGCCGCCACGUAAGCAGAGGAAAUCCUCGUCGUUCCUGAGGCUAGACUAUGCAGAUGUACUCAGUGCCUGGUCCGGAGGGAACUUCUGGUCGGAUGGAAAACGCCCACAAACCGUACCAGAUGCAGACCAGAUGGAUUUCCUCGUGAAUCUGGACUUCGGUUUGGUUCCAGACUUGCACCUCGGUUCUGCCGAUGAGGGCGGCGGAACCCAAGCGCCUGAGUACGGUAUGGUGCCCAACGUCAUGCCUCCUGGCGACGAAGGGAACAGUCUGGCAAGAGAGGCCAGGGUACUGAGGUACAGGGAGAAGAGGAGAACAAGACACUUCUCUAAGAAGAUUAGGUAUGAGGUUCGCAAGCUCAACGCGGAGAGAAGGCCGCGAAUCAAAGGGAGAUUUGUCAAACGCUCGGACUGCGCCGAUUUCUGAUGACGUCAUCCGAAAAACGAUGACGAAAGACGAGACACAAAACCAAAUUACGAAGUAGUAGGAGGAGGAGGUGGAGGAAGAGGAGGAGGAGGAGGAGGAGGAGGAGAAGGAGGAGAAAUGGGUGGAGGAUGGGAAACGGGAGGAGGAGACGGAGAAGGAGGAGGAGGAAGACCAUCAACUCAGGGGAUUGAAGAAUAUGUCGUCGCAAAAUGUCGACUUGCUUUUGGUAACGGCAAAAAUUCUGG